CCUUCCCCAGGAUAAUGUGAUGGUGAAUUAUGCAUGAGGCCAUGUGACCCAGGUUUAGUCUGAAUGAUUCAGGAGUGUGCGUGUACAUCCUGCUGCUGCUGCCCCCGCCUCCUCCUCCUCCCUGGCACAGACAGGAGACAUGGAGCUCUGCGCUGCCCACUGCUGCUGCUGCUGCUGAGUUCCUGGACCCGCUCAGUGAGGACUUCCCUAGACUCCAGCCCCACCAGGUUGUUUAAGAUCCAGAACACUGAAGAACAUGAGUUGCCGCCUUAAUUCAAAGAACGUGGAACACAGCUAAGAUUUUCUAUAACUGAAUGUUGGGAGAGUGUACUGCAAGCUGUGCUGAAGCAUUCUUCUCACUUUCUGUUUUACAUCCCUUAAAUCAUGAGUGGUUUCCUUUCAUAUCUGGACCCACGACGGAUUCCAUGGAGAGCCACAUGGCAUGCAUUCAAUUCAAGAGUUUUACGUACCAAGCCUGUGGAGUCCAUGCUGGAAGGAACCCCAGGAACAUCCACUCAUGGAACCAAACUGGCUCGGGUACUGACUACAUUGGAUCUUGUGUCUCUUGGUGUUGGCAGCUGUGUUGGCACCGGAAUGUAUGUUGUCUCUGGACUUGUUGCUAAGGAAAUGGCUGGACCUGGAGUUAUUGUGUCCUUCAUAAUUGCAGCUGUGGCAUCUAUAUUGUCAGGUGUUUGCUAUGCUGAAUUUGGAGUGCGUGUCCCUAAAACCUCGGGAUCUGCCUACACGUACAGUUAUGUCACCGUUGGUGAAUUUGUGGCAUUCUUCAUUGGAUGGAAUUUAAUCCUAGAGUAUCUUAUUGGGACAGCAGCAGGAGCAAGCGCCCUCAGUAGCAUGUUCGAUUCUCUUGCCAAUCACACCAUCAGCCACUGGAUAAUUGAGAGCGUGGGGACUUUAAAUGGAUUGGGCAAAGGAGAAGAAUCCUAUCCAGACCUUCUCGCCCUGGUCAUUGCAGUGAUUGUGUCAAUAAUUGUGGCCCUUGGAGUAAAGAAUUCGGUUGGAUUUAAUAAUGUGCUGAAUGUAAUUAAUUUUGCGGUGUGGAUCUUUAUUAUGAUUUCUGGCUUUUUCUUCGUCAAUGGGAAUAACUGGUCACAAGGGAAUUUUCUACCCUAUGGAUGGUCAGGGGUGCUGACAGGGGCAGCCACGUGCUUCUACGCCUUCAUAGGCUUUGACAUCAUAGCCACCACCGGAGAGGAAGCAAAGAGCCCAAAUACUUCUAUUCCAUAUGCUAUCACUGCUUCACUGAUUACCUGUCUUGUAGCGUAUGUGUCUGUAAGUGUUAUGUUAACAUUAAUGGUUCCAUACACUAUGAUUGAUACAGAAUCUCCACUGAUGGAGAUGUUUAUACUUCAUGGGUUCUAUGCUGCUAAAUAUAUUGUGGCCAUUGGAUCUGUAGCUGGGCUCACUGUAAGCCUGUUUGGCUCUCUGUUUCCUAUGCCCAGAGUAAUUUAUGCAAUGGCCGGUGAUGGGCUAUUAUUCAGGUUUUUGGCCCAUGUCAGCUCCUACACAGAGACCCCAGUGGUGGCUUGUAUUGUGUCUGGAUUCCUUGCAGCGCUGCUCUCUUUGCUGGUCAGCCUUCGGGAUCUAAUAGAAAUGAUGUCUAUUGGGACUCUUUUAGCAUACACCCUUGUGUCUGUGUGUGUGUUGUUAUUGCGUUACCAGCCUGAGAGCGACAUUGAUGGCUUUGUUAAAUUUAUUUCUGAAGAGCAUACUAAGAAAAAAGAAGGAAUCAUUGCUGAUUGUGAGAAGGAAGUCUGCUCUCCCAUGAGUGACGGAGAGGAGUUCACAGGUCCUGCUUCAAACACAUGUGGAGCAAAGAAUUUGCCAUCACUUGGCGACAAUGAGAUGCUGAUUGGUAAAUCUGACAAGUCUACCUAUAAUAUAAAUCAUCCAAACUAUGGAACAGUUGACAUGACUUCAGGUAUAGAGGCGGAUGGUUCUGAAAACAUCUAUCUUUUCAAGCUGAAGAAGUUUUUAGGUCCGAGAUAUUAUACAAUGAGAAUACGUCUUGGCUUGCCUGGAAAAAUGGAUCGUCCAACUCUGACCACUGGUCGAACAGUUACCAUCUGUGUCAUUCUCCUUUUCAUCUUGAAUUUCAUCUUCUGCUCCUUCAUAAUAUUUGGUGCAGAUUAUGUGUAUGAUCAAGUGUGGUGGGCUGUCCUCUUAGUCGUCUUAAUGGUACUUCUAAUCUUUGCAUUGGUGUUUGUUAUCCUACAGCAACCAGAGAACCCCAAAAAAUUACCCUACAUGGCACCAUGUGUCCCAUUUGUUCCUGCAUUUGCCAUGCUUGUCAACAUUUAUCUUAUGCUGAAGCUGUCAGCUAUUACGUGGAUUCGGUUUGGUGUCUGGUGCUUUGUAGGUUUGCUGAUAUAUUUUGGCUACGGUAUGUGGAACAGCACAUUGGAAGUUAGUGCAAGAGAAGAGGUUCUCCAUCAGAGCACCUACCAGCGGUAUGAUGUUGAUGACACAUUUUCAGUAGAUGAUGGCUUCUCAUACCCUCCAGAAGAAGAAAAGCCCCAGGACUGGGGAAGUGCAGAAACAAAAGGCACCUACUAUCAGCAGACGUCAGAGGCACAGGACAACAGCCGAACAAACAGCAGGUCCAAAACUAAAGGGAAGCAUAAGCAGGACAUUGAUGCUCUGAUUGCCAACGAGGAGUUAGACUACCCAGAAUAAAAGUAAUGCAUUGUGAUUGCAAUCCACCUCAGCUGUGGCCUAGAAGACUACAGCUUCAAGACCCUGCAUAGGGACUCCCUUCUAUCUCACACAGUCUGCUGCUUACUAAGAUGUAAACAAGUGUUUAACGUUUUGCUGAUUUUCAUUUUCAUACAAGUUUAGCUUAAAUUAUUUUACUAUAUAUUUUUAAGUCAUUUCAAUGAAUUUAAUACAACACAACACAACACAGAUUAAAAUGUUCUAUUUUUGUUCUCAUGUAUUCUCUAGCAGUUGUAUUCAGGAUUUAGAUAAAUAUUUAAAACGUUUUGAUGGCAAUAUUGCAGUGAACUUGUACGAUUUAUAUACAGAAGUAUUUAUACAGUUAAUAAUUUAAGAUUUUCAGUGUCAGUUAUUGGAACAAGAAAUGAAAAGACAAGGAGAGAGAAGAAUGGAGAGAGGCACCAGGGAAUCUGCUCCAGAAUGGCAUAAAUGAUAUAAGAUUACAUAUAAAGUAUAUUCACAGUUACACAGUAGAAGCACCAAAGAAAAUUGUGAUGCAAAAACAUAAUAUAAGGGUUACCCAUUAAAGCUGUUAUAGAAAUUUGUUGGAUAGAAUGGGAAUUGGAGAUUUUUUUACAGUAGCUCUGCAUUAAAGCGUUGUCAGGACAGCUAAUUAUAAUGGGUAAUAAAUAUUAAUAGGCAGGAAAUGUAUAACGCAAUGUUCCAGUGAAAGGUGCAGGUGGUGCACAGAAUAUAGGAUCCACAUAAUUUCUAAUGGUGGUAAGCACAGGACCUCAGGCAGGUUAAAAAAAGGAUUUCAUGGGCAUCAAAUCCCAUGUAAAUUGUCAGUAUAUGCUUUGUAUACAUGUAAUGAACAUAUGGUAUAUAUAUGAAGCCACCCUAGUAUAGUAUGGUUUGACUGGAAGGCUGUUUUGCAUGCCAGUGAUUGAAUAUGGAACUGCGCCUUACAUACUUGUGCACAACAGUUUCUGAUUUAGGGGAUAACAGAUUCCUGAUAAUCCCGCACAUGUAUAAAUAUUGCCCAAAUGAUGAUAAAGCCAGCAUAACUGAAUAAACGUACUCAUAGGUGUUGGAACGGGUGGAUGACAAGGGGAUGGCUCGCCCCCCGCCCCCCCAAACAUUUGAGAGGUGCCAGUCAAUGUGCUGGAUAACAGGGCACCAUCUAGUGUGCCACAGGCAGUGUCAGAAUGGAGAUAAUCCCCUUUGUGGCUGCUCCACCUCUUCUCACCCCAUAGCGUUUUUACACCCACCUCCAGUGCCCUACUACCCAGUGCACCCAGCUCCAGUCCCUACAGUGUGUUGCUAGUUACUGAGGACUAGCCCCGCUUCUGGGACCCUGCACCCUUCUCACCUCCCACUUUAUAUGUUCCUCCGAUCUUACCCUUCAGCUACCCCUUCGUCCUUUCUCUAUCCUUACCUCCCCAUGGACCCAAAUGCCAAUAAAUAUGCUUAAUGGCUAAUGAAUGGGCCCAUUAAUGUUGUACUUUUAUUCUAAAACACUAUUAUGUGCAUUCCACAUAGUGUCCUUUAUGCUGUUUUUAACAUAAAUGUGUGCAUAUUUGUGUGUGUGCAGGUAGAUUAGAUAGAUAGAUAGAUAGAUAGAUAGAUAGAUAGAUAGAUAGAUAGAUAGAUAGAUAGAUAGAUAGAUAGAUAGAUAGAUAGAGCUAAAUAAAUAUAGAUAGACCAUGAUAGAUAGAUAGAUAUAUAUAUAUAUAUAUAUCUGACAUCAGAAACAUGGUAUGGUGGGUAAGCUCACCGGUCCCUGAGGGGGCAACAUUCAGUUAUUUAGGGGCCCCAAAAUCAGAUAGCUUGGCCCCCCAACUUGGGGCGCCCCUGCAUAUAUUGGGGUUAAAAGAGGGAUUGUUCUUGAUCUAAAAAUCGCACAUCAUGUCCUUUAUCUUGAUAUUACUAUUUAGACAUAUAAAUGAGAUAAACUAUUGAUGUCACUGCUUUAUUGCCACCAUAACUACGUAGAAAUAAAUCAUGAAUGUGAUAGAAUGAAAAAAACGCUGUGCACAAAACAGUUUGGAGGAAAACGUAAUAUUGAUACACAGUAGAUUUUUGUUUUGUUAUUACAUUUGAAAAUCCAUUCUAUGUAUACAAGGGGAAAAUAUUAAAUUGUAUAUAAAUAUUUUAGGUAAAUAUAUUGGGCAGUGGCACCAUAUAUUCUUGCUGCACUUUGAUAUGAAUAGUAUCUGUUAUGCUCUUUUGGGUCCUAGGAUCUCUGUAAGAGGUGUUUUAUUACAUGAAUUUGGUAAGAGAGAAGUUAUGAGAUGAUUAUCCUCACGAUGAAUGUUUCCCUCAGGUUUGUAAUAUCAGAUUUAUUGAUGAUUUAACCUGAAAUGUAACAUCUUAGUAGCUGUGCAGAUUUAGAUUGUUAUUGUCACACAUUAUUAAGCCAGUACUUAUUUAUUAUCCUUAUUAAACUGGAAACAAAGCCAGUGUAAACUAAAAGGUCUUUUCUUAUUAUAUAUAACAUGCAGUUAAAGUUACAUGUCCCUCAAUACUCCUGGCUACCAAGAUUCUAAAUGCAGCUGAAAGCAAAUAUUUUUACAUGACAGAAUUUUUCUUUUUUUCUUUUUCUUUAAUCAAGGACACUGUAUUUGCAUUUCUUAGUUUUAUUUUACAAAAAGUUGUUUGUUUCUUUACUUUUUAUUUUCACAACCGAACCUAUUUAAUGCUGUUAAUAUUACUAGCAUGUUUGUGGAUAUUGUGUUAUUUCCACCUCAUUAUAUUUAUUAUGCACUGUCAGUGAUUAAUAUUUUACAUACACUAUUAAAGGAUGAAAGUGUUAUAGGCAAGACAGAGUGUAGUGUAACAUCAUGUAACCUUGCCCAAGUCUAUUGUUCUAUAUUCAGAUGAACAAUGAUAUCCUAUAUAGCCAGAGUUAUUUUGUGUCACUUCUUACAGUAUGAGAAAUAAUGCAUUUAAAUGAAUGAGUUUUAAGCAGCUACCAACCAAAUCAUUGGUCAUUGGAUAACAUCUUUGCAUGAUUUACUUUCAUAGAGAUAAUCUGGGCAAUUCAAUUUUUUAUGUGCCGGAUCUCAAGUCUAAAGUGACAGAUCACAGACGAUAUUCAAAUGAUAUUCAAAAUGUUUUGGGGUGCCCCAACAGCCGACUUUUUGUACAGCUCAGCUCACCACCUCAGGAGGCUGCGAGCGGAAAUGUGUCCUCCUGUAGCUAUUUGUGCCUGAAUGGAGCAGCAAUUGAAAUGCUCCGUCGGCGUCAUCUAGUGGCAGCUGUGGGGAAAAACAAUGGAAUUCCCCCCAGUGUGCUUAAAGUGUACUCAUCCAUAAGCGCCAAUAUCAAGUCCAAUCCCAGGACUCAUUCCUCAGCAAUGCCACUUUGCCAGGGUAUGGAUUGAUUGCAUUACCAACAAAACCGAUGUGACAGGUCCCCUAUAAAUUAAAUCAUGUAUCGCAGUCCAGUUUAUUAUGGACAUUAUAGCAGUAAUUAUGUCUGUCUCAACUUAAGUGAGGCCAGUAUUUCUAAUUUCUUUACUAUUUCUGACUUAAAUGUAAGGCCAAAUAUUUGCCUAUUUCCGAAUGUGCCGCAAAACUUCUCAGGUUUCACCACUGGAAUAUGGCCUUAAGUGUUUCAAGUCCUUCCUUCACCACCACACACAGAAGAAUGGAUGACUGUUCAUUCCAACUUUAUCCAUGAGCCAAAAAGCUCAUAAUCCUACCCCAAAACUCAGCUUGCAAAAUGUUUUAUUAUAUUUCUCUCAUCUUUAAUAAGUAGGCUAUAUACUCUGUAGCUCAGUGGGAACUAAUACAAAAGAUGUCUUGCAUAUACAGUAUUAUGUAUGCUUAUGUGUGUAAUGCUUGUGUUUAUGUUGUAGAAUUAACCUAAGGGUAUAUGGGUACAAUGGAGAAGGCUUUAUGCUGCAUGACAUGUCUAACUGCAUAUCUUCAUGCCUAAUCGUCCUAUUUAUUUUUCAGAGAACCUCUGAUAUACUGUAGGUGAAGAUUGGUUGUGUAUAGUGAUGACUGGUGAUAACUGAACCACUGUCUAUAGGUGAAAUGAGAGCAUAUAGAGCAGUGUGUAAGCAUCCCAUCCUCACGUGCUCUCUCUACCAUUCAAAACUACACAAAGUGCAAUUUUAUCACAGAUGUAAGACGAGAGAAAUAAAUAUACAUAUACAUGCCUUAAUCUAAUAUAAUAGAAACAUAUUUAAAUUGUGCUUUCCCAUACAUUACUAAGGGUUAAUAAAUCCUAAUCCUCCAUGUAAACCCUUUUCUAAUGUUUAAAAGAUGGGAGUUCUCACCAGAAAACAUGUUUAUAAAAAUACAUAUUAAAAUAAUAACCAUGCGUGCACUUUGUUAGGCUGUCUACUAUUCUGGCUUUUCUUUUAGCUGCGGGCAAUGCGAGUGGCUCCUUUCCUAUAACACUUACUGUGUACUGUAGAGCUAGUGUGAUCUCUAGAUCUGUUAAAUAAAUAUUGCCAUCUUCCCUGCUUCUACACCUAAAUCUGCUAUAUAGAUGUUCAGUUAAUUUCAUACAUAUAACACAUUGGUUAGAUAUAUAAAACGUUCUUAUAAUGAAAAGUGGAGGUGUUGCCCAGGGCAACCAAUCAGAUUCUAACUAGAAUUUGAUUGGUUGCUUUGGGCAACACUUCCACUUUACCAUUUUGGACAUUUUAGUAGAUCUAUCCCUUUACCUUUAUUUUCUAACAUAAAAAGUAAAAAAAAAAACAUUUUCAGAGUUUCUCCUAGUUUUUGAUCAUUAUGUUUCCAGUGAAACGCCAGUCAAUAAAUUGUUAUCUGAUACUCCAGUUGCAUUUUAAAUACUAAAUUAAGAAUCAGCAUGUUUGAUGUUUCCCUCCUGCCAUGAAUGGAGUAUGGAUUAUUUAAUAGCUUUUUUCCAGGAAGCAAGCAAUACAAAGAAAUAUAAUACAAAGGUUCCAUAGCAAAAUAAUACAUAUUUCCAUCCAACCUCCUAAACUGUUAAAAAAGGGGCAAUAAAACCUAUGUAUACCUAUUUUACUUAAACUUGUAAGCUUGUCUCUAACAUUUCUGCAUUAAAGAUUAAACGGGAGGGUUAGCAACGUGCGAUGGAGGAUGACUGCCAACCUGGGAAGUAGAGGACCAACAACAUGCAGCCCGAUGAGAGUAAAUAAAAAAAAUUUGACCCAUGGUACAGUGGUUCUUGUUUAUAGUGAUAUGUCAAAAUGUGAACAGAUGCUGAGGAAGCCAGCCAUGUUGGAUAUGUCUGCCUGCAUGAUAGCUAUGAUUCACUAUUGCCUCUUCCUAAAGCUGCAUAAUGGUCUAUGUGGGCCAGUGAUAGCCACACGAUGCUAUACACAGAGUCCAUGCACUACUGAGUUAGUAAGACCUGUCAAUAUAUUAGUGCUGGUCAGCAUUUGCACAUGCAUACAUGUCACAGAGAGCAGUAACUUCUAUGCCCACACUGCCAGCCCUCUCCUGACCACAGUCCAGAAUUGUUUGUGCAGGUUAUCAAGGUUUCCAUUAGUUGUACAAUCUUUGCAAACAUCUAACAUCUAGUUUGUAACUGUCUGCUAAUCAUAACCAGCAAAGCUGUCACACAGCAGGUAUUGCACGGGCAGAUGGCAAUUUCAGAAAUCUAAAUGUAUCAUUUGCUGCUUUGCAACGUGCAUUGACUUCUCAGGCUUCCGUUUAUGUCGAAGUCACAGUCCGUUUUUGUAGCCCCUGGUCAAUAUAUAAGCUUGGUCUGGUCAUAUCUGGCAAUCCACUUUUUUAGGCCAACUGCCCAUAUAUGAGCAGUAUUUGGCCAACAUAUGUAUCACCCAAAUGGCCACAGAUCUAGAGGCUUUAUGUGGAUGAUCCUGUGGAAUGACUGCAUGACUGUAUAUGGCUAAUUGCCAUUAAUGUUUCAGGGAAGUACAGCACUUUUAAGAAACAUCUGUAGAACUUGGACUACAUUUGGUUCACUCAGGACAUUUUUCAGAUUUCAGACUUACAGUACAUUUAUUUUGUUCCUAUUUUCCGUUACUGCAUGAUUCAAGUGGUCAUACCACCCACACACAUAGGUUAUUUAGGGAGCAAAUGCACACUACAAAAUGUUUUGUCUUAGUCCACCCACAAGAAGAUGCACCCUUACCCUCACUCUUGGGAGAUGCCUUCAGAACUAAGAAAUGCCCCUUGGUUUGCGGAGAGGCUGAAACAACCUCCAGAUGGGCACUGUGCAACGGAAGAAACAUGGCAUAAAACUCCAAUUAACUUGUAUGUUUUUCACCGAAGGUUCUGCUGAGUUUAGCCUUAUUUAUGGCUGAAAUUGUUCAUGAGAGUAGAGGGAAAUUGGGACUGAAUUUAUUAAUUAUGACAAAUGUGUGUAACAGGUAAAGUUCCAACAGGCUCAUUAAAAGUAAAUGAUGAGUUCCCAGAGACUGCCAGCUCUGAGAUGAUGUAAAACUAAAGCUCUGAUGCGGACUGGGCAUUGGCACAGCACCCCCAGUACCAUGCAGAAAGCCAACAGAAAACCACCCUUUCGCUUACCAAAGUGGAAAUCACCUUCACUCCUCCAUCACACAUUUCCUCUGUCUGUGCAAACAUCUCUUCGGCAAACACUUCUACCUUCCGACAUCAGCCCUUGCACUUCAGCUGAGAGCAAGGAACAGUUGAAUUUCCACUGCCCAGCAGGAUAUAUACAGUAUGUUUUAAAGGAGACAACAUGUAAAAGAUUAUCACCUAUCACAUUACUGAAUCAUGCGAUAGGCAGAUCCACUAUGAGGACAUAGCCCGACUCAAUGUUAGCUCCUGACAUUGCAAGCCUUCCUGUAUCUUUCCUGCAAACAUGAUGGUACUGCUGUAGUACAAGUCACUUGUUUGUGCCUUCUAGAGCCAAAAGCUAUCAGACCCUCCUUUAAGUAUUAUAAAAGAUCUUGGUUUUGACAUUUAUUUGAAUAACUAGAUUCUGGUAAACAUUCAUUCAAAUGUUUACAUGCAUUGCAAAGUCACAUUUCCUCUGUGCUUUUAUGUGCGCAAAUUUUUUUUUGAGACAUUAGCUAUUUGAAAAACAUUUUUUUAGUUACUUGCUUUGAUGUCUGUUACCCACUUAUCUUUGGCAUUGUAUAUAAAAGAGUGAGAAGCUAGUUUUAGCAUGUGAUUAAUGCUGGUGAAAUGUGGGCCAAUCAUGCUGCUCAUUCUGAGCGCACAGUAACAGGAUCAGUGUCCUGGAUGUGAUACAGCAAUUUGGCCCAGGUCAAGGUUUUGUCUUCCUCAAGUCAUAUGCUACAUUAUACAUACACGCAUAACCAACAUAUCUACCUUAUCUUGCUAUUGGCUAAAAAAUGUAAACUAUCAAUCAUUUUCACUGAAUGCCGCUUACAAUAAACAAGUUAUUUGCUUUACAUACUAACAUUAUUUGUCAGAUUGCAUUAUUAGAUGGUGAAGUCUGAUUGGAGGAGCCUACGGCUGAUUACCACUGGCACUGUGUAAUGUUGCAUUUGAUAUGUGGCAUUUAAAGAGCUCUUAACUUGUGGUUAAGGUGAUGGGAGACAAGGGGAAGAGAAAUGUCAUUCAUAUCAACACCAGUGUUGGGAAAAUGCUGACCUCUAGUACAAAUUCUAGUGUGUAUGUGAUUAAUGGAUACAAUAAGUUCUAUUUCUAUACCCAUUUACAUGUUUUUACUAAGGGUUAAAUCUUAGUAAUCACAUCCCUAAGAAAAAGGGAGCCAUGAUUGCUGGACCCAUGGCACCAGUUUGGAGAUAGCUGAGGAAUUAGUUAUGUCAUGAGUAUGGUGAAAGCACAGAUGCAUGCUGGGGGUGCUGUAGCUGCAUCUGCUCCAAUAGGUAUUCUACCAUCUGCAACGUCAAUUUUAAUCAGCAUCUGUCACCUACACAUUCUUCUUCGGCUUAUCUGUAGCAUCCUUCUCCAGGAACCUGACAAGUUCUAUGAUUGGGAUUGAGCAUGUAUAUAGGAUAGAGUACAGACUAGUGAUCGUGGUGUAAACAUUGGGGGUCUGAGUGGUAGCAGGGGCAUGAGUGAGGUAUUGGAAGAUGUGGUUUUUGACAUGGAGAAGACAGUUUAGGAUGGAGAAAGGGUCUGCUCUCUGUAGAUCUGCUAAUCAAUCACGUGUUACAUGUCCACUUUUAAUUAGCACGGUAAGAAGACGGUGGCUAUUCUUAGAUGUUUAGAAGGUGGUGAGUCUCCUAGUCAAACAUUGGAGGAACUGCCUUGUUUGGCUAGUAAUUGACUACAAGAGUUUUGUGUAUAUGCUACCAUUUUGUUUGCAAAGUUUAAAGACUUAGGGGGUCUAUGUACUAAGCCUAAGUACUAUGUACUAAGAGAUAAAGUGGAUGGAGAAAAAGUACCAUCCAACCAGCUCCUAGCUGUAAUUUUUCAAAUACUGUCUGUAACUUGGCAGUUAGGAGCUGUUGGGUGGUACUUUAUCUCUCUCCAAGGCUUUGUACAUAGACCCCUUUGAUUUUCCUUGUUAGAUCAUUUGGAUCUCAUUUGGGGUCUAUCAUAUGGUGGACAGUACAGUUAUGCAGGAAAUAGCAGUCAUGAGGAAUAAGAUUUGCUCAUGGGCCUGACUCAGAGGUCGAUGCAGACGCAUCUUUUGGUGGUCGUAUGUCUGUGACUUGAUGCAGAUUCUGCAACAAAGCCCUUCCCUGGUGUACACCCAUGGGUCUGAAUGUGCAAGGCCUGAGAUGCCCACUAUGAGCAUCUGUAGACACUGCAACACCACCUGGUGCAUCUUUAGAAGCCACUAUAAGUUACAUCAUCAUUAAAACUUGCAUCAGCCCUAUAGCAGAUGCAGAUUUUCCAUCUGAGUAUGGCCGCCAUUGUGAAUGAUUGAGCAUUUGUGUAUGCAAACACUUCAGCAACACACCCACAAUACUUCCAUAACACGUCGAUAAGACAGUCCAUAUCCGUGCAUCUAUGCAGCUCCUAGUCCCAGGAACAAGCAGCAAGAUUCCAAGACAUUGCUGAUACCAUGCAUCUCGAUUGCAACAGUGCCUGUGUGCAUACUCACUGUGUAAUGCAUGUACCAUGGCAGUUUGUACGGAUUUUCACACACACACAGUAGCAAAAGAAACAUCAGCAUUGCAUGUGGCUCUGAUUCAGGUCCUGUGUGUCUCCAUGGGACUAUCCACUUUCAGACAGAACUAGCAUCUUAGACUCGAACCAACUAAAGAAACAAUACAUCUUGUAGUCUUUUCAUGAGAGCUGUUGCACCUGUAUAUUUAAAAACAAGUGCUGACAAUGUAAUUUUCUGUAUCCAGAUGUUCCAUCCUUUAAGAAGGGAUCCAAGGUAGGGACACAGUUUAUAUACAGUAGCAGUAGAGGCUUACUUUGGAGGUUGUAUUAUUGUUUGUUUGUUUGUUUGUUUGUUUUAUAUUUCUUUUUGUACUAAUAGAUAUUGAAUGCAAUGAUUUAUUAACGAAAGUGGAGUUUGUUAAAAUUACCUGUAUAUUUGACUGUGCUACUUGUCAUAAUCGCCAUGUGUCACUCUUUGGCUUGUUCCCAAGGAAGAACCUUGGAAGUCCCACUUAAUUCAUUACGUGUUUUUUCUACCUGGUCCUUUGGGUAAUUACUUCCUGUGCUCAAGUGAUUGUUAUUUUCAAGGUUAUAUUAUGUAUUUGUUAAUUAUUCAGUAGUAGUUUUAUAGUAGAUAGUUUCACAGGUUUCGGGUUGUGAUUAUUUGCUUGGUUAUUGGAUGAUUUAUUUAUUAAUGUUAAUUGUCUUGUCACGUGGUGUACUUGUAUACUUGUAACAAAGGAGAAGGCAGAAGGGGCUAGGCAAAUGCUGUGUUUUCUGGAUAUUGAGGUAGACCUUAUUGGUUUGCCUGAAAAGCUAAGAUGAAUGAAUUGCAAUCAUUGCUGGGUCAGCUGGUAUUUGCGUGUUGGGUAAUGCCGAACAGAAAUGUUUUCUGUAGGCAUAUAUCCUUGGCCACAGUGGAUGUCAAAGUUCCUAAUUAUUGCAUUAGAGUGUGCUGGCAGAUGCAAGAUUAUUUUACUGUGCAGCUUAAUUUUCUUGAUUAUUACAAUACCAAAUUGUGUUGGUUGCAAAAUAAGUAUGCAAUUCAAUUGGUUUUCGUGUCCUCUUUUUGGGUGAUGGUGUGUGGUGAUUGGCUGGCCUAAUGUGCCCAGCUUGAUUUGGAUAAGGUGAACUUUGUUAGAAUUGUUGCAAAUUAUUAUGAAUAUUGAAUGGAUGGGUUAGAGACUGAGGAACAGACAGAUUGUUUCUUUGGACAGAUAAUAAGUGUAGGUCAUAUGAUCUUUUUCAAGUGUGUUUUUUUUCUUGCCUGGGUGAAAGCAAAAGUCAUUACCACCCUUAGGUUACCAGUGUCACUUCUCUAUUUUCCUCCUUCCAUGGAAAAGUCGUCAGUUCCUUCAGUUCCUCAUGGAUCGCCCCUUUUAAAGAUAUGGUACACAUUUACCUAUCUUCCCAACUUCUCUUCUAGAGUGCUUGCUUGAGUCUCUUCCCGAAUCAUCCUGGAUGUCCCAGCCUUUUCUCAAACUAAACAUGCAACCGAAGCCCUUGUCCACAUACUCAUCAUCUACCUGCAUGACUACUGUAACAUCCAGCUUUCUGGUCUCCUUUACUUGUCUUUCCCCACCUCAACCUAUCAUGAAUACUGCUGCACAUUUAAUGUUCCUUUCUAACUGCACUGUGUCAGCCUCUCCCCUCUGCAACCUCCUUCACUGACUUGCAAUCCCCUUCAAACUCCACUUUAAUAUCCUGACAUGAGGACUUAAUAACUACCACCCAACCCUAUAUCUCUAACCUCAUUUCUGUCAGGAUGUAGUUAUGUGACCGGCGGUCAGGAGACCGCUGGUCACAAUACCGACAGCUACAUCCCAUACAUUCUAAAUCCUGACAGUCAGCAUGCCGACUAACAGGGACUAUUCUCACUCAUGGGUGUCCACGACACCCAAUCAAUGGAUCUGCAGAUAUAUCUACAGCCGGAUUGUGCAGUGUGUUGUACAUACACACUGCCCGAUCCGCUGUGACUGACAUCACGAACUGGAUGGGCAUUUACAUGCGGCCGCCCAGUAAAGCCAUCAGUCACUGGCGGCCACUACAGCAUGUGUACAGGUGGUUGGCUGACCGCCCGUACACACACAACGAUGCACCAAUAUAUCUAUAGAUAUACUGAUCAUCGUGUGUACUGCAGGACCGACGCGAUAUGAUGUGAACGACGGCGUUCACAGACAUAUCAUUGGUACACACUGGCUGAAGGGCCAGCUAUAUAUAUCGGCCAGUGUGUACCCAGCAUUAAAUGUAUGACUUGUGAUUAGUGCAGAUUAUCUGGUAUCCAGAUGAUAGCUCGACAGUGUAUUGGUCGACAGUAUAUGGUCAACAUGCAUUAGGUCAACAGGUACAAAAGGAUAACAAUGCUUAAGGUCGACAGUUUCAAAAGGUCAACAUGACAGUGGUCAACGCACAAAUGGCCUACACGUUUUUGGGGUUUUGCACAUGUUUUACCAAGAUUUGCUUUAUUUACUGUCCAUGUGGACAUCUUUUGGGAAUAGUAACCUGUGGUAAGUGAAGCGAGCCCGCGAGGAUCUACAUUUGUACUGAUGGUGGUCAUAGAACAUGAAAUAUACAAGAUUUGGUCCAAAAAGAUCUGUUGACCAUUGUCAUGUUGGGCUUUUGAACCUGUCGACCUUUCAUAUGUCUACUUUGUGUACCUGUUGACCUAAUGCAUGUCGAUGAUUUGGUGUCAACCUAUUGACUGGCGACCAUUACUUUGUCCAUCUAUUAUACCACACCCGAUUAUCCGGGGUAGAGAAAUGUCAUGGGGAAGGCAUGAAAGGAGGUCAGUAACUAUUUAUGGUCUCACGUAUUCACUUAAAUUGUAGUUGUUUUGCCCACUAUGAUACCAUUUUAGUUCCAGUUGCAUUUCCUAGUGAGCUGGGUUCACAUAGUUCUAGGAAGAUUGUAGUUUGAGAUAUUUGAGAUGUUGACACUAUGGUAAAGUGCUAAAAUCCAUGAUGGACCAGUUGGGUAAGGAACUAAGAACACAUUCAGAUGCAUUUACUUCAGUGAUCUGGGUCACUGUAUGGCGCUGCUGGCUGGGCUGGUCGCUAAGGCUCUGAUAUAUGGAUAUCCUCAGGCUGGCACUCAUUUUUAUGACUGGUUAAACUCACCAUUACAUAUAAUUCAAUAAGCUGUUAUGUUAAAAAAAAGUUGUGGCCUUGCCCUUAUUCAAAUGUAUCCAUGUUUCCUGUGUCUUGGGUUAUGUUGCCUAUAACUUCUUAUCAGUCAUAUAUUUAUAGCACUACUUCUAUAAACUGCCUAAUUUUUAUUUAACAUGUAGACUUGUAUAUCAAAUAUAUUGGGGUAAUGCAUUCUACAUAUCUGAGAUGGAUUUUAUUGACAUUUCAUACAAUAAUAGCAUCUAUAUUUAGUUUAUUAUUAUUAUUCAGUAAUGUUUGUAUUGUGCACCGGCACCCGUUCUCUGUGUGUAGCACUACAGGUCUCAGCUGGUAGCACCUUCAUUACUGGCAGUUAGGGUGUGCAGUUUAGGGCGCCCUCUCCCUUAUUUAUUUAACCUAAAUUUAUUUGAACUAUUUAGAAUAUUUAAAAAAUCUAAUCCAAAACAAUGAAUUUGUAUUAAACUACUGUAUAUCAGCUAACCAAAGGUAAGUAUUAGUUUAGGAGGUAAAAAAAAAUGAAUCCUGAAAGCUACCUCAACCUGUUGCUACAAUAAAACUUUAAAUAUAUUUAACAAGAGAGAGAACCAUUCUUUUAAUAACACCGUGUCCCUUAUUACACUGUGAUAUAAGUAACACUAUACAACAGGGAAUACAAUGUCUGGCUUUUAGUCACUGAUAUAUAGUAGUCAGACAGGCAUUAACAGACCAUGCUGCGAGUUGUAUAGUGAGAGGUAUUCUGGUUGAUAGGAAGUGUACAGGUGUCUAUAUAUAAAGUUUCUCUGCUAUAAAGGGGUUAGGGGUGCCUGUAAUAUGGCAACCUGAAUCCCCAAAUGUAGGGAUUUAAUUUAAAAAUGUUUUUUUUUUCUAGAUGCAAAAGUCUAAAUUAUUAUUAUUCACUAUGUUGUCAACUUUAAUGCUAAGUACAAACAACUUUGUGUACGGAAUUAGAAAGGUGCCAUUUCAGCCUUUGUCUUCGGUAUACCUCUGCAGCUAUUUAUAAAUAUAUAUCUAUACAUACACAAGCUCACACACGCUGGCAGCGCCACUCGAGAGACAUUUUUUUAUACACUAUUCCUGAGAGUGCCGGAUUUUUGACCUCUAACAUAUACAGGUUGAGUAUCCCAUAUCCAUAUAUUCCGAAAUACGGAAUAUUUCGAAAUACGGACUUUUUUGAGUGAGAGUGAGAUAGUGAAAUCUUUGUUUUUUGAUGGCUCAGUUUACACAAACUUUGUUUAAUACACAAAGUUAUUAAUAAUAUUGUAUUAAAUGACCUUCAGGCUGUGUAUACAAGGUGUAUAUGAAACAUAAAUGAAUUGUGUGAAUGUACACACACUUUGUUUAAUGCACAAAGUUAUAAAAAAUAUUGGCAAAAAUUACCUUCAGGCUGUGUGUAUAAGGUGUAUAUGAAACAUAAAUGCAUUCUGUGCUUAGAUUUAGGUCCCAUCACCAUGAUAUCUCAUUAUGGUAUCUAAUUAUUCCAAAAUACGGAAAAAUCCGUUAUCCAAAAUACCUCUGGUCCCAAGCAUUUUGGAUAAGGGAUACUCAACCUGCAUACACACACAUUAUAUAUAUGUAUAUAUAUAUAACUUUUCCAGACCGGCACUCCAAUACAGGCAUUGCUUACCCCGGUGCACGUUUCAGAUCCACAGCCAGAUCCCUAAAUAAACUCCACACCAACGGCACACAGGGG